AUGGAGACUAGAAGUUCUGAUGGAGGUGAGGAGCUUUAUAAGUGGACAGGAGAAAAAUGCUCCCCUGAAAUGUCUGCUACAGAGCCCGUAAAUGCGCACCUCAAGUUCACCACGCUUGGUGCUGCUGAACCAGCAUCCGUUGUAAGAGCAGCAGCUGUAGCAGCAGAUGCAGCAGCAGCGGAUGCCGCUGCAACUGUGGAAGCAGCAGCAGCGAGCGGGGGGGAUGCGCCAAAUGAAGCGUCAGAUGCUGGCGAGGAUUUCUAUUCGGAGUUGGGAUGUCUUUCCGCCACCACCUGCCUGUUUGUGGGCCAAGAGGUGCGUAUACACCUGGUGGACUUGGUGCGAACGCGCCUGACGUGCAUUCCUUUAUCGUACCUGGGGUCAAUGAAUUCGUUUUUUAGAGAGAUGUACACCCGAGAAAUAGAACAAGACGCGGAGCUAGCGGAGCUGUACGUACACCACAGUAGCAGCAGGAAGAACACUAGUUUGAGGCCCUCUCGACGCAUAAGAGGCGUCAUAACUGCAUUUUACACAACUGAAGAGCAGCCGACGGAGAACGUGCUGCGUUUGGAUUCUGUUUGUGGUUUAGAAAUUUGUUUUCGUGUUGGGGUGUCUGUACAUCUGAGCUCUCCCUCGGCUCCUGGUGGGAGUAUAUCUUCGAGCCACGAUUUUGCAGUGUACAGACGGUGGGCUGUGCGCGACUUCCUUUCUCUUCGUCGCGUCUACUCUCAGAACUACAGCGUUGAUAUAUUUGUAGAGAAGAGAACAGCAAGGGAAGGAGCCAGACGGCAGUUCCUCAACUCUACUCAGUUUUUCCUUAGUCUUCGACCGGACCUCUGUUGUAGCCAAGGGGCCUCAGGAGAAGAAGAUCCCUUUCUCCUUAACGGAUCGCCGCUGCCACCUCCGCCUGCAGCAGCAGAUUCGCAAUUCUUACACCCUGCUGCUGCUGCUGCUGCUUCUACUCCACAGAGAAAACGCGGGAGACCCCGCAAGUUCCCAAGGCCCGAGGAAACAGCCGUGGCGUCGGCGCAGGGGCUGUCACUGCAGCAGCAGCAGCAGCGUGGGAGCCCCGGAGGGGACCCCUGUGAGGGGCCCAAGGGCACCACCGUGCAGACAUUUGGGGUAAAGGUGUACAUAUCAUAUGAUACACAGGGCUCAUCAGACACAGACAGAAAUUUAGAAGAAGAAACAGCUGGAGAUACAGUAGAUACGGAGCAGAACAACUACACUGUCACGCGAUCCAAGGCGAGCGCAAGACUGGCAAAAAGAAGAAGGGGAGAGGAAACACAACAAAUACCAGCUUCUUCUCUACCUCUCGCGGAGGCCCAUCGGGGGCCCUCGAGGGGCCCUUCGCUGGUGGCAGUCUGUGGACGUUCUGCUGCUGAGGGAAACAGCAAAUGGAUCGAAGUCGCGGAGCAGCAGCAGCAACAACAGCAUCAGCAUCAGCAACAGCAACAACACCAGCAGCAGCUGCGAGAGGAACAUCCGCCGCAGGAGCAGCAACAGCAGCAUCAUCACGAAGGACGCCAGGAGGAGGGGCUUCUAUCUCCAUGUGGCUCUGUAGCAUCAGGGGCUGGGGAGUUUCUGUCUCCAUCUUUGUCUGGUUUUUCUUUGGCCCCUCAUAUAAAUGUAGAGCCACGCGAUACGUUUGAAAAAAUGCUGCUGCCGUAUUACCGUCGUUGCUUGCAGCUACUGUUAUCGGGCCUGUUGGGGUGUCUGCACAGCAUCCCAUACACUACAGAGGCCCUAAUAGAACGCCAACGCGCAAUAGGCCAGUGCCUUCUAGCUGUUACUUCUCCCUGUAUUAGCCUAGCAGCGUUACAGACCCUUAUUAACCCCUUCGGGCGAUGCAUCAAAACCCAUGCUGCGCCCAAUGAUCUGGAUAUACACCUGCAGCAGGACCUUGUAGAAGACGUCCUACACCUCUCCCGCUUCCUCGAACAACCUGCAGCAGCAGCAGCAGCAGCAGUAGCUGCAGGUGCAGCAGCAGCAGCAGCAGCUGGAACAGUAGCAACGAGAAACGCUUCAGCAUCUGCAGCGGAGCGCAAGAGGAAUACGAUAACAUCAGCAAGAGGAAAAACAGAAACAGUGGGAGGUAGCAGGGAAUAA